GCGGGGGCCGCCGCCGCCGCCGCUGCUGCUGCGCGGCCCGGGGGGGGCGGCCCGGUGAGCCCCAUACAACAGCGGCCGGAGCCGGCCCGGAUUCAGCUCUGACGGACCCAGGGUGGCACUGCCCACCACCACAGCCAGACCAUGCUGGCCUGUCUGCAGAGGACCCAGAACCCCCCAGCCCAACAUCUCCCCUGCCCCAACAAGGCGCUGGAGCCACGCAAGUGCGAGCCGGCGGCACCGAUGCAUUCCCCGCGCUACCCCAGCCCCGCCGAGCUGGAUGCCUACGCACAGAAGGUGGCCAACAGCCCUCUGACCAUCAAGAUCUUCCCCACCAACAUCAGGGUCCCCCAGCACAAGCACCUUAACCGGACGGUCAAUGGCUACGACACCACGGGGCAGCGCUACAGCCCCUACCCCCUGCACGCUGGCGGCUACCAGGGUCUCUUGGCCAUCGUCAAAGCCUCCAGCAAGAGCGUGGUGAAGAACUCGGAGGGGAAGCGGACUAAGCUGUCGCCUGCCCAAGUUGGCAUCGCUCCUUACCCCGUGUCAAGCACUUUAGCUCAAGGUCCCUCCUGCGCUGGGCAGCUGAGCUACCACAGCAGCCAGAAGCAGCUGGAGGGUCCGGUGCCCCCCAACGUGACGGUGGCAGCCUCGGUGCUGCCGUUGGCGAGCAGGAGCUUGGCUCUGCCGCCGUCCAACCUGCCCUCCAUCCAGAGCAUCAUCUACCAGAUCAAUCAGCAGUGCCAGGCUCAGGGUGCCCAGCCGGGCUGCCCAGCUGUCGUGGCUGCCAACCCCAGCCCGGCCAAGCACGGUGCUUUCCCUGGCACCACCGCCACCUACGCCGGCGCCGUGCUGCCGGAGUGCCGCAAGGGUGCUGAGCUGGCGCUGGGCUCCAACCCGGCCGCGGCCCUGGGACCCAAAGCGGCCAUCUACCCCGAGGGCAUGGACUACCUGGUUUGGCAGCAGAAGCAGCAGCAGCAGCACCUGCGAAUGUACAGCGGGGGCAGCGGGGGGGCCCUCAGCAAGUCCCCCGAGACCUGCGCGGGUUCCUCACGUCCCUACGGGCUGGGUGGCACCGCCGGGGCCGAGAAGGUGAGCUCGUCCCCCUUGAACUGCAUGCAUGGCAACUUCUCGGUGGGACAAUACUUUGCCCCUCCCUGGAACAGCAUCUUGGUGACCCCCAACAGCGACUGUUACAACCCCCCAGAGCUGGGGGCAGCAGGGCCCCGUGAACUGGGGGUACCCCCCGGUGAGGGGCUGCCCAGUAAGACCCUCUGCAAUACCUCCAUCCUCAGCAGCAGCCUCCAGUCCUUGGAGUAUCUCAUCAACGACAUCCACCCACCCUGCAUCAAGGAGCAGAUGCUGGGCAAGGGCUACGAGACCGUGUCUGUGCCAAGGCUCUUGGACCACCAGCACGCCCACAUCCGCUUGCCCGUCUACAGAUAAGGACCCAACCAUGCUGCUUAGCCCAAAAACCCAGGGUGGGGACUUUGGCACGAGCCGUGCUCCCCCUCUCCGGCACCGCGCGGGUACCGGACCGUGGCAGCGAGGG